AUGGCAAAAGCUCACACAACACAACAAAAACAGAAAAAAAAAAUAGAAACUUUAAACCGUGUCUUCAAGAUUGUGUUGGAAUAUUUUGAUACAAUCAACUGUACAACUGUGAAGCUUAUGGGAAAAGCAAGCAAGCAACUAAGCUCCUUAGCACUAAAAGAUUUGAAAACUUAUCAAAAGUUUAUUGAACUACUUCACACCAGAAAGCGUUUGAAACUUUCGUGA